AUGGCUAGUAGUCAAUCAUCUAAUGACAAACGUAACGAUGCAUCUGCUGCUCGGCCUUCGCCAUCAGGUGGUGUAGGUGGUGAUAAUCAAACACGUAAACGUUUAUUUUCGAAAGAACUUCGUAAUAUGAUGUAUGGUUUCGGUGACGAUCCACAACCAUAUGCUGAAUCAGUAGAAUUACUAGAAGAUCUUGUUCUACAAUAUAUUACGGAUAUGACAUUAAAAGCAUCUGAAAUUGGUAGUAACAAACAAGGUCGUAUUGUUGUUAAUGAUAUUCUUUAUUUACUUCGACAUGAUGCAAGAAAAUAUGCACGUGUUAAAGAACUUUUAUCUAUGAAUGAAGAAUUAAAACGAGCUCGAAAAGCCUUUGAUGAACCAUCAAAGGGUCUUGAAUAA